AUGCGAUCGCUACUUUUACUCACAAUCGUUGCUACUACCAUUUAUUGUGGUCCCGCCAAGAAGGACACCAAAUCAGCGACCAAGAAGUCGGCCAGCGAUAAAUGUUUUCCUACGAAAAUGUGCUACAGUGACGCUGACUGUCCGAACGGUGCAUGUGCAGGAUUAUUUGUAGGCACAUGCAAUUGUAUGGAAUGCAUCGAUCUAGCUAGGUGCGACGAUGACUCAAUGUGCGGUGGCUUAAGGGGAGCUUGUGACCUGAACAACGAUCUGUGCAACUGUACUGCGGGCUAUAUGAGGGCAGGUUUCCAAUCACUACCACAAGCAUUGAUUACCCUCUGUGAGAGGAGAACUUGUACACAUGAAACCGCCGACAAGGACUGCUUUGGAUUGCCAUGCACAGCCGGUAGUUGUGUUUGUUUCAAGGAUAAACACAAGAAGAAGUAA